AUGACCUCCUCCAAUGAGUCUCUUGGUCCUCCGGCGUUCCUCCUGACAGGCUUUCUGGGGCUGGAAAAUGUCCACGUCUGGAUCUCCAUCCCCAUCUGCUCCAUGUACUUCGUGGCCAUCGCUGGGAACUGCACCAUCCUCUUCAUCAUCAGGACGGACCAAACCCUCCACGAGCCCAUGUACUACUUCCUGUCCAUGCUGGCUCUUCUGGAUCUGGGCUUGACAUCUGCCACUAUGCCUUCCGUGCUGAGCGUCCUCUGGUUCAACCACCGCGUGAUCCACUUCGAUGCCUGCCUGACCCAGAUGUUCUUCAUUCACGUCUUUGCCUUUGCUGAGUCGGGCAUUCUUCUUUCUAUGGCCUUUGAUCGCUUGGUGGCCAUCCGCAGCCCACUGAGAUACAGGACAAUCUUGACCAAUAAUACUAUUAUCAGGAUGGGAGUAGGGGUUUUCCUCCGUUCAGCCAUACUGGUCUUCCCAGCUUCCUUUCUCCUGAAAAGGAUGACAUACAGGCCAGUCAAUGUGCUCUCCUAUUCAUUCUGCUUGCACCAAGAUAUUCUGAAGUUGGCCGUUUCAGAAAGGAAAAUCAGUAGCGGCUAUGGCUUGAUGGUGGUGCUCUCCACCACAGCUGUAGACUCGGUACUGCUUGUUUUGUCAUACAUUAUGAUCCUCAAAACCGUGCUGCGCAUUGCCUCCAAGGCAGAGUGUUUCAGGGCCCUGAAUACUUGCAUCUCCCACAUUUGUGCUGUCCUCAUCUUUUACAUACCAUUGAUCGGCAUCUCUAUGAUUGUCCGAUAUGGGAAAAAUGCUCCUCCUGUUGUUCAUAUCCUUAUGGCCAAUAUAUCCCUUUUGGUGCCACCGCUGAUGAAUCCCAUUGUAUACAGUGUGAAAACCAAGCAAAUACGGUCAAGGAUAGUGAAAAGAUUCCAGAAGUAGAAGGGCUCGACCGGAGCUUCUUAGAUCGGACGUGCCAGGCAAGUUAUGAGGCUCUGUACCUCU